ACGUCAAGCAUCCUUCACUGGGAGUCACUAUGCGCUGCUGAUGCUCCGCCACAUGCCCGCAUCACUGUUGGCAAAACAAGGCUCACAUCAGCACAGCAAACUCAAACAACAACUAACCGGCACGAUGGAUGGGCAACAUAAAGACCGCAGAAUGACUCACUUGUGGAUAUUGACGUUACUGAUAUUUGUCUAACCUCAAGCACACGGAUAACUCGGUCUUUUCCCAACUUCUUCUUCUGGAUACGGAUUGUGGAGCUGGAUCUUGUCCUACAGGCUUUGGAGGAAAAGAAAAAAAAAGGAUUCUAUUUAUUCUGAUCACUUUAUUUUAUCAUCACUGCAUUUUUGGAAUAGGAGCGUCUUUUUUUGUGGGAGGACAAACUGUUUUUUUAAGGAUACGCACAUAAAACUAAAGGAUGGCCGUUUGGUUCACAUCUGUCCUCGCAAUAGUUUUUACAGUAUCUACUCAGGUUUUCGGAACGGGUGUGUUCGAGUUAGAGCUGAAUCAUUUUCAGAACACGAAAGGUUUGCUGGCAAACGGGCUUAGCUGCGGCAUGAGUGGCUGCAGGACUUAUUUCAAGGUUUGUUUGAAGAACUUCCAGAAGGAGGUGUCACCUGGAAACUGCAUAUUUGGCAACGCCAGCACACCUGUUCUGGGCACCGACUCCUUCAGCAUCCGGCCGGACGCCAGGCUACGCCUGCCGCUCAACUUCACCUGGCCGGGUGCUUUCUCCUUAGUUGUUGAAGCCUGGUAUUCUGCUGCAGCGGAGCAGCCCGGAGAUACCACCAACCCCGAAUUCUUGAUUAGUUCUUUUUCCAUCCAAAGGCAGUUGGGAAUAGGGCGUGAGUGGUCCAAGGAUGUGCUCAGCGGGAGGCAGACGGAGCUACGGUACUCAUACCGGUUCAUCUGCAAUGAAAAUUACUACGGGGCCACUUGUAACAAAAAAUGCGCUCCGAGAGACGACCGUUUUGGCCACUUCACCUGCAAGCCUGAUGGGGAAAAAGCCUGUCUGCCGGGAUGGAAGGGAGAAUACUGCCAAGAACCAAUCUGUCUUGAAGGCUGCAAUGAAAGGAACGGAAACUGCACAUUACCUGGAGAGUGCAAAUGCAGAGAGGGCUGGCAGGGUCUCUUUUGUGAUGUGUGUAAACUUCAUCCGUCCUGUAAACACGGUACCUGUAAAGAGGCUUGGCAGUGCAAUUGCAAAGAAGGCUGGGGGGGCAUCUUCUGUGACCAAGACCUGAACUACUGCACCCACCAUAAACCUUGCGCAAACGGGGCCACGUGCUUGAACACAGGCCAGGGCAGCUACACCUGCACCUGCCUGCCAGGCUUCACCGGGGUUAACUGCGACUCGGAGGUCAGGGAAUGUGACAGGCAGACCUGCCACAACGGAGGUCGCUGCCUGGACUCUGAGGAUGGGUAUAGGUGUGAGUGUCCGCAGGGAUUCGAAGGACAACACUGUGAACACAGGGUGCUCACUUGUGCAGACACACCAUGCUUCCAAGGUGGCACAUGCCAAGAGAGGGAUAAUGGCCGUAGUUACACAUGCGAGUGUCCACCAGGAUACACUGGACUUAACUGUGAGAAGAAAGUGGACAAAUGUACCUCACUGCAAUGCACCAAUGGUGGACACUGCGUGGUCCGCGGUAACCUCCGAGUUUGCAGCUGUCGCUCAGGUUUCACGGGACUGCGCUGCCAGAUCAACGUCAACGAGUGCGCCGCAAACCCCUGCGCAAAUGGCUCCACCUGCAUAGAUCGCAUCAACGACUACACCUGCACCUGUCCUCUUGGGUAUACAGGCCGCCACUGCGACAAGCCCACAGACCACUGUGCUUCUCAACCCUGCCUCAAUGGGGGGACUUGCACCACAGGAGCCAAAGGCCAGUCCACCUGCAUCUGCCCCGCCCAUUACAGUGGCCCUCAGUGCCAGUUCAACAGUGAGCAUCAAACCAACACCCCCAGCCCCACAAUAAGCUGGGAGUCCAGUGAAAAGCAAAAGUUGGUAGCCAUCGUUUUGGGUGUGGGCAUAGUGGCUGUUCUGGUGCUUUUGUGCAUGGCAGUCGCAGUGAUGGGGCACAUCAAGAAGCAGAAGGAUAAGGAGCAGGACUCGGACACCAUGAACAACCUCUCCAAGGUUGACCUUCAGAAGGAGAACCUCAUCUCUACUCUAGAGCUCAAGAACACCAAUAAAAAGUUUGAAUUGGAGGUGGACUGUCCCAGGGAAAAGUCUAAUCACAAAUACAUCAACCACUAUCACCUGGACUAUAAACCCUCCGCGAGGUACAAGGAUGAACUGUCCCUUGUGGACAAAGAUGAAAACUGUGAAAAGUCAAUAGAAGACAUGAAACAUUUAAGUAGAAUGUACAGUGAGAGACCAGAGUGUAGAAUAUCUACAAUAAGUUCUUCUGGAGAUUCAAUGUACCAGUCUGUCUUCGUAAUAGCAGAAGAGAAAAAUGAAUGCAUCAUUGCAACUGAGGUAUAAUAAAUGGAAUAUAUUAUUCAUCGUCAACAUUGGAUUUCUUGUGGACUGUUUACAAGUGUGGAGAGACUGGGAUUUAUUUAAACGCAAGUUGCUGCUCUUGAAAACUUGAUAACUGGAUAGAGCUUGUGUGCUCUCUGAAUGCAAUAGAAGUAAAGCUACUAGUCUAUGUGCGAAUGUAAAGACUGGGAUUUCUUUUUUUUAAAAAGGGAAAUAAUGAGCUAAUCAGGCUCGCUCUCGCAGCCUCGUCCGCUCUGUUCAAGUUCCUCUGAGGGCAACGGGCCAAGAUGCGUGUGCCCGCAUGCUGAUUGGAAGAAGUGGGCUAUCCCAAUGGACACUUUCCAUCUUAUUGCAGUAAUCGGCAAUCAAACAAAUCAACUCACCGCCAACGGGAAUGUGGAUGGAGCCAGCUUUUUUUCCAUUUCAUCCGACCUGCGACGCGCUAUGCAAACAAAAACCAGCAUUGUGCUAAAGAAGAAAAGAAAAAGGGACUGAAAAAAAAAGAAAACUACUGAAAACGGUUCAUUUUUGAGAGAUGUUUAGGAUUAUCGUUUGAAAAUUCAAUCCGUUUUAUAAAGAAUGUAUUCAGCCUUGAUCACAAAGCCUUAUACCCCCUUUUUAAAGGGAACUGUUGUGCCCUGCUUAUCUUGAUUUCUUUGCACAACCCCAUAGAGGUAACAGUGAAAGAUCAAAUGAUGCAAUAUGCUAAAGCGCCAUGCAGGGAAAACUCAUGAUAAGGCCUUGUUUUACUUUAUGCAAAAUCCCCCUUAAAUAAAGACAAAGAAAUACGUGUUGUGACUAUCGUACCGAGAACGCCUUCAAUGGAAAUUACUGAAUCAAUAAUGUUAUUUUGUAAGAUUAGUAUUUCAUUAGUAAUUUAAGUAUAUGAAGCACUGAUUUUUCUCUUUCUAUGUUUUAUAAGAUUAUUUUGUAUAUAGUGUAUAUUUAUAUGUUGAGAUUAGAAGUAUGACUUGUACAUCUGUUUUUAAGUUGAUGCCUCGCAAAGGUGAAUAUAUUUUUAAAGUGGGUUUUUUUUGGUGUUUUUAUUGUAUUGUUAUUAUUUUUGCUAUGAAAAGAAACAAGAACUACAUAUCUGGUACACUGUUUGUUUGUCGGUCUUCGUCGGUUGAGUGUCCAUCUGGUCGAAUAGAGAUCCUAAAUUAAAUGUUGGAAUCAUCUAGAAGCUUUAUUUGUGUCGCCUGGUGUGAAAGUGACUUCACUGUCUAUAGAUGCAGUAAUAUUUGGCCUGGUAGCUUCUUCUGAUGAUACUAUGUCUAUGAGAUCUGUGUCUGCGUGAUAUGAAAUCAUUGUGCUAGCAAUCAUUCAGUGGGCAGCAUUGUAAUUGGCAGGAAAUGUAAGAAAAUACUCAAACAAAAAGAUAUAUAUAUAUAUAUAUAUAUUUAAAAGUCUGUAUGUCAUAAUAAAGAGUCCUUGGUGUCUUUUCUGCUUAAA